CGUUUUUAUUUUCAUUAAAUGUUUAAAUUCUCAACUUUAAAUAAUUCAAACCGGAUUUGAAUAUUGGUUUUUAAGUAUCUCUUUAAAAUGAAUUGCUCCAUCGAAGGGAAGAACGUCAGAAUUUUGGCGAGGACGGUUAACUUUUUCUCGAAAAUUGGCCGAGAAUUGGAGCUGGAAGCGCUUCCCACUGGGCUCUCGGUGAAAGUGAUUAACUCAACCAGUACGGCUUGUGCGGUGGCUAUCUUCAGUAUGGAGUAUUUUAAGAAAUUCCGGCAAGGUACAAACGAUCGGUUCGAAGAGAAUAAUUGUAAAGUUUCAAUCAAGCCGUUGCUCAGAAUAUUCAAAAGUCUUUCUACAAUAUUGGAUUGUAGGAUGUGGUUAGAUAUAGGUCGAAUGAAAAUAAUUUUUCAAUUCAAGUGUAAGUCACAAAUCACAAAAACACACACCAUAUCCUUACUGGAACACGACAACACGAAUUCUCUUCGGCUGCCGAAGGAGUUUACGAACAAAAUCGUUGGAGACUUUAAAAUAAUAAGUAAUAUUCUAGUUCACUUUCAUGCUUCGAUACAUGAAAUUACUUUUGACAUAAACCCCGAGAAAACUAUCAUCACUAAUUACAUUGAGAACGCUUCUAAAGAUCGCACAACAAUGCGUUCACAGUGUGUGAUCGAAAGUUCUUAUUUCAACAAGUUCGAUGUAUCAGAGCCUACGAAACUGACCUUUUGCUACAAAGAAUUUAAAGCAAUGGCCCAUUAUGCGCGGGCUAAUCAAAUUGUGGUAGAAAUUAACUUCAACCGCGCGGGAACACCGUUAGUUAUUCGAAUGCAGAAAGAUUCGGUUGUGCACAUUCAUUUAAUUAUGGGCACGAUGAUACCUAAGCUAGAGAAGCAAAACCGAAGCGUUCAGAGAGCCCACAGAAAGCUUGCUAGUAGUUGGGAAUCGGACAAACACACGACGCCCUUGGAAGAGUCGGGUAGUCAAAGAAUAGAGGCUUGUUACACCCCGGAUUCUACGGACACCGAUAUUUCGGAACCGGAGGAAACUAGUCGAACUAGAGGUCAUUUAAGAAAUGUAGACGCUAGUCAGAGAGUGGAUUUAGUUCCAUCGUUGGAGGCGGGCACGCAAUCUCGCGAAGAUUUAUCGCAUUCAAAGAUAAACGCGAGGAAAGAUAAACAAUCAUUCAUAGAUAGGAUUACGUCCCGUGACUUCUCAUCCCCACGUGCUGGACAAUUAAAUACGAGUAAAGUUUGCAAACCAAAAGUCCCUGAAGCCGAAUCUUACGAUAUUGUAUUCGCCGGUAACAGUGACGAUCCCAACUCAGAAAGUCAGUCCCAGCUGCAAUGCGAACAACUCAACAACAAACGCCCAUUGCCGGGCUGCAGUGGCGUGAGUGUGCACGCGUCAGAAAAACGUUCAAAUCUCGGUCAAACUGAAUCUGAAGCAAUGUUUAGAACUUCCCCAAUGUCCAAUGCGUUUGCUUCGCCUAGCAGAAUCAGCAUUCCCGAGACUGUACUGGAGUCUCCAGAGGCCGUUGCCGAACGCAAAAGAAAACAAGCCAAAGUUAGGUACAUAUUCCAAAAAUGCUUCGAAGAAACAAUCGAUCCUCGAACGGCAGCUCUGGCAGCACCGGUCCUCGCGGAGAACUCCGACCCAGAGGAUAGUUAG